AUGGAUCAGAUCUACCAUAAUGCGGCAAUCACUAUCAUCGAUGCUACUGGGGCCGAUCCCCGGUAUGGACUCUCUGGCGUUUCUUCAGCAGAGCGACGAUCGCAGGAAAUCAUCAGUUUCAAGGGUCAAAAACUGAUCUCCAUUCCGAACAUGCAGCAUGUGGUAUCUUCAAGUAAAUGGGGGAUGCGAGGCUGGACAUACCAGGAGGGACUUCUCUCUCGCCGACGCCUUGUAUUCACAGAUACCCAGGUUUACUUCCAAUGUCUUGAACAACAUUUCUGCGAAAGCCUUUCCGUACCCCUAGAAGAUAUCAGUCGAACAUACCAACGCGAAGUCAAACCCUUGAUGCAGCACACCCAAGCUUUUCCAUCUCAAGGCGCCGGGACGCUCCAUCAUCAUCUCUAUGAGCGCAUCCAGGAGUACCUUUUGAGAAGAUUAUCUCAUGACUCCGACGUCCUUCACGCUUUCACAGGCAUACUCCAUCACUUUCUCCGCAUGCAAAAACCUGUUUAUCACAUCUGGGGCAUUCCUUUUAGAGGCAACAGUGCAACUGCCAAGGAGUCUGUCCAGGACAAUUUCCUGGCUGCCUUGCUCUGGCUACCAAGCUUCGACUGGAAAGGCACCAAGCUCACUCGAAGAGCCGAGUUUCCAUCCUGGAGCUGGGCGGGUUGGAAAGGUAUCUGCGGGGCGAAAUCUGGCCAUGAAGUUGCAAAGACGUGCAAUGUCGUCAAGAAUGUAGAGAUUGGCGUGGAAACAGACGACGGUCAGCAAGUUACUGUGGCUGGCUAUGUUGCACACAUACAAGACGAGAGCCACAACACAUAUCGUUUCAGGCGCAGCUUACAUCUAGUGGGCUGGAUGACUUGCGUUCGACUGAUCCGAUAUGAGCAGUUGAGCCGAAGCGACACCGAUCUUAGUGAUCGCGGCUCUACAUCAGUAGUCGAUGUGUUGGACGAGACCGCACGGCAUAAGCUAUGUCAAGCGACGAUCAUGACACACCACUCGGAUGGCCGACCAGUCCCAAGCCCCGAACAGUUGUUCGACGAGCUCUGGCCAGUCCUGCUUUACUUCGGUCAUUCGGGUGUGAUGCAUGGUAUCAUUCUCAGGCGAAUCGCAGAUGCAACUUAUGAAAAGCUGGGAGUUAUGCCGUACCUCAAAGUGGAUCCUGAAACAGGUUCCUCAUCACAGGGCUUAGGUCACUGCUACCUGAUCAAACGAGAUUACGGGCCACCACAUAAGCCACUGAAGCUACAUUGCGAGCGGAAGAGUAUAAGUCUUGUCUAG